AUGGCCGAUCUUGAUUUAGUAAACCGGGAUCCCAACAACAUCAAUGACCACAUUAAGGUGGCGUUUGAAGACGUGUUGGGUGAGCCUGACGGCGCCCACACCAUCGACUGUGUGUGGAUCAACUCGUACAAGUGCUUCAACUGCUGGAAGAGUCUAUGCUACACGAUCAGCACCUUGCUGUGUGGGAUCUGCAUCGCCGCCGAGUGGGGUUGCGAGUUCGCCUCCAUCGCCUUCUACCACGUGUGGGUGAUCACACCCUGCUUCAAGGUCCUCGAGCUCAACUGCGGCAUCUGCCAGAAGCUCUACGGACUCUGUAUCCACUGCUGUCUCGAUCCGUUCUUUGAAGCAUGUGGUCUCUGUUUUGCGGCCUUUAAAAAAUAG